UCAAUCCGGCUUUUUAGUCCAACUCCCUUCUCCUCUUCUCUUCUUGAUUCCCCUGAUUCCCUUUUUUUUACUUUCUUAUCCCGGUCGGGAUUCUCAUUUCCCUCCCUUAUAUAUCAUCAAUCUAAUCUUUUCUCACUUCUCUUCCUCCCCCCCUUGGUUGCCUCUCACCGCCCCAUCCGAUCGCCUGCACGGGCUCUGCUGCUUGUUGUCGUCAUCGCUACUGGCCGCUUGCUUCCCCCGCCGUGAUGGAUUUCCAUCUGGUGCCUCGAGGGGAAGACCGCAAUUAUACCGGGUUCCUCACCAAAACCAUUGUCUAUACGGCCUCGUUGAUUGUAUUUCUGGCCUCUUUUGGUCUCACCGUGGCCUCUAUCGUCGUUCCAAAAUGGGUCACCUUUACUGAUUCCGAUCCCCGCUGGCGUUACACCUACGGCCUCCACCGUCGCUGCUCCCAUGUAACCGGUCUAUGCGAGCCUUUCCCCCAGAAAGAUGACUGCCACGGCGACGAUCGCUAUUUCUGCUCCAUGUGGCGCUCCGUCGGCUUUCUCAUGUCGUUCGCCAUCGUUUUGGAGGGAAUGAGCGUGGUCGCGUAUUUGAUUGUCUUGUCUGGGGGGAAGCGCCUGCGCGAGUCGGGGUGGAAGAUAGUUAGUUUGUUGAUUAUUCUGUCGGCGGUGGUACAGGCAGCUAGCAUGUCGCUUGUGGCAUACCUCGUCGACAAUGAAGACCGGUUCGCCUCUGGCUGGGUGUUGGAUGAGUCGUGGAUUUUCUGCACCGUGAGCUGGUGCGUGAGUCUGUUCGUCGCCGGAGUGUUGAUCCUCGCGGGUAAUACACUGCCUUCGGAGGGUGGGUAUGAGUUGAUCCCGGAUCAGAUCAACUAAUUAAGCUUUGAGCCGAUGGCUCUGAUGGGAUGGAUACGACGAUAUAAUGAGGAAUAUGCUA